CAUGAGGAGUUUGGUGAACUUGUUAGACAAACUGGUCACACAGCAAACACAAGUGCCAGCUAACCUCAGGGCUCAAGCCACAGUGCCUCGCUCUUUUCAAAAGGUGUGCAGGGUUUGUGGGACUUCUGAUCAUUCCACAUUGUCUCACUGCAGGCAAGAGAACAGGUGUUUAAAGUGCUUAUCACCUGGUCACUGGAAGAGGGACUGCCCUGAUCAGACCAACCAGCGCCGCUCUCAGCCUGCCAACAGCGCUGGUGGACAGAACCAACAGUUAAACUAGAAAACCCACGCCUGGAGAGGGGCGGUGUGGGUAUUGUGGAUGAAUCCCUCUCUGAUGCACACGACCCAGCUCAUUUAUACGAGGACUGCUGUGCCAAAGCACCUAAGGGGACUCGAAUAGUCAUUCAAGCCACGCAGAAGAUCGAAGCUUUCAGUGAGUUGUUUUAUGCUCCUGUCCUUGUCAAUCACAGUGUGCAGCUUAAAGGCAUGUUGGACUCUGGUUCUAUGGCAUGUAGCAUCAGUGAACAUGCAGUAGAGAGACUCAGCUCUGCUGGUGUUUUGCCUGAGAAGCAGCACCCUGAAGAAAAUAUCGUUUUGAUUUGCUGUGGUGGUCUGCAGACUCGACCUGAGGGUUUUUAUGACUUGGAGAUGCAGCUUUACGGUGUUCGCUGUGUCGUACCUACCUUAGUUGUGCCUGGUCAGCAUGACGAUCUCAUCUUGGGCUCAAAUAUCAUCAAACAUGUGAUUCGUGUCCUGAAGGGUGAUGAUGACUACUGGAACAUGGCAUCCAGACCUGAGCAUCAGUCUGACCCCGAAAUUGAGCAUUUCCUGUCGAUGUUCACUAAUGUUGAGCGCUGGAGAGGAAGUGAGGUUCCUGACAAAAUAGGCACUGUCAAGCUCACCCAAGCAGUGACACUCCUACCCAGGCAUGAACACUUAGUCUGGGGUAGACUUCCUGCUAAUGUGCCGAUGUCACCUGGAAGCACAGUUGUCGUGGAGCCAACCAACUCCAAAGCCAUGCCACGAGGUGUUCUAGUGGGUCGUCUUGUCACACCUCUCUGGGGUGAUAGAUGGGUGCCAAUGACAGUUGUAAACCCAUCCGACAAAGCUGUCACACUGAAGAGAAAUUGCAAAUUGGCUGAUGUGUUUCCAUGCUUGGCAAUCGAGGAUCUAGAUGCUUUUCAGGGUCUAGAUAAGGCUUCAGAGAAACAACCAGACGCAGACAACACACAACCUGACAUUGAGAUACAGCAAUCUCAUACAGAGAAACAAGUACCUGACACACUGAAACAGAAACCCGACUCCUCGCCCAGUGCCUUUCUUGCCGAUCAGUUGACUAAAAGCCUGUCAGAGUUAGGCCUAAGUGACAUUGACAUUGACUCAUGUCAGGUCAGUGAAGACUGUAAGUCUCGGCUCACACAGCUGCUAACUGAAUAUCAAGACAUCUUCUCCAAGCACUCAUUGGACUGUGGUGAGGUCAAGGGAUACACACACCGCAUUCAUCUCACCGAUGAUCGCCCUUUUCGCUUGCCAUACAGGAGAGUCCCUCCAGCCCACUAUCAGAAGUUGAGGCAAGUUCUCACUGAUAUGGAGGAAAAAGGGAUUAUCAGGAAGUCCUCAAGCGAGUAUGCUUCACCACUGGUGAUGGUGUGGAAGAAAGAUGGUGGGUUGCGGAUUUGCACCGAUUUCAGGUGGCUGAAUGCCCGAACCUUAAAGGAUGCUCAUCCUUUACCGCACCAAUCUGACUGUCUGGCUGCUCUUGGUGGCAAUUGCCUCUUUAGCACGAUGGACCUCACUUCUGGCUUCUUCAACAUCCCGAUGCACGAAGACGACAAGAAGUACACGGCUUUCACGACUCCCCUUGGACUGCAUGAAUAUAAUCGCAUGCCACAGGGACUGUGUAACAGCCCAGCGUCCUUCAUGAGGAUGAUGAUUGGGGUCUUUGGGGACAUGAACUUCACCAAACUCCUGUUAUCUUGACGAUCUUCUUGUCUUAGCACCUGAUGAGGCCUUGUCCAGACUCCGCACAGUGUUUCAGAGGUUGCGAGAGAACAACUUGAAACUGGCCCCUAAGAAGUGCCAUCUGCUUCAGAAACAAGUCGGUUUCCUUGGCCAUGUCAUUAAUGGUGAGGGUGUGGCCGUCGAUCCUGCCAAGGUGGAGGUCAUCACUAAGAUGACAGUACGAGACCUCAUGGAAGACGAUAAGUGCACGCCUUCUCUCCGGAGAAUCAAAUCAUUUCUCGGCAUGGUAUUUUACUACCAGCAUUUCAUCCCAAACUGUUCCUCCAUUGCGAAGCCCUUGUUCGCACUUACGGCUGGACAGAAGAGACGGGGACGGUCAGCUAAGGAUAGGAAGCCUCUAGGUGUCUAUCGUAAGCUUACAACUGCAGACUGGUCAGCGGAAUGUAGCAAUGCUUUUGACCAGUUGAAGUCCAUGCUGUUGGAAUGUGUUGUGCUGGCCCAUCCGAACUUUGACGAGCCAUUUAUCCUAUCAGUUGAUCAGUUGGAUGGAUUUGGAGCGGUGCUCUCCCAAGUACCACAAGGAGAGUCCAAGGCCAGACCUGUUGCUUUUGCAAGCACGACCCUCAGAGCGGA